UUUAAAUGGACGACAACACCUUUGUUCCUCCACCAUCACUCCAUCUCUGUUCCUCCAUAUCGCCUUCUAGUGUUAAUCCCUACUUCUGUCCUUUCCAUAUCUCCCAUUUCCUUCUCAACGCCAAGCCUACGAAGAAGGCAAAACCCUGUACUAAGAGCUGUCUAUUAUCCAAUCUUCAUCCUAAUCACGGUCCAUAAGAUGUACAGAAUACACCCUACAGAGAGUAAGAUAGAUGUUGGACAGCCUGCAACAAGGAGCACCAGUCCAUCAGUGUGGACGGUGUGGAAGAAAUCCAGCAUGGCUUUCCAGGGAACAGAUGGGUUCUCGGUUUAUGAUAGCAAUGGAAGACUGGCUUUUAGAGUUGACAAUUACUCAAGAAGGCACAAGUGCUUCACAAGGGAGCUCCUGCUCAUGGAUGGAGGUGGGACGGCCCUCAUGGCUCUAAAGCCUCAGAUUCUAAGCAUGCAUGAUCGAUGGAGUGGAUUCAAAGGUGACAGUGGCUCAAAGACGGAGACUAGGCCUCGUGUUUUCUCAAUGAGGCGGCGGUCGAUCCUCCAAAGCAGUGAUGAGGCAGAGGUAUUCAUGGGCAAUCCCAAUAACCAACCUCCAACACCCAACUUCCGAAUCGAAGGUUGCUUCAGGAGAAGAUGUUGCAAGAUCUGGGACAGCAUGGGCAAGGAAGUGGCGCAGAUAUGCCGGAAGAAGGCGAGCACCUCGGUCAUGCUCGGCGACGAUGUGUUCAAUCUGGUCAUUCAGCCAGGAGUUGAUUGUGAGCUGAUAAUGGCUUUCGUUGUCAUAAUGGACCGCAUCUGCCAGAAGCCCUUCACACCUUGGAUAUGUUCUUGAGAACUGGAGGUGGUGUUUCAGCUUGAUCAUAGUAUAAGACGUAACUCCUUGCAUUGGAGGUGUGAGAGGCGCUGCCUAUAUAUCAUUUGGAGGCAGUUGCUAGCAAACUGCACCAGAUUUUUGUACAAUUUAUAACUUGAUAGAUUUAACGUAGAGUUCCACGAGGAGAAAAAGAAAAAAUUC